GGCGAGAGAGAAAGUAACUCCAGGACGAGACCGGAGCGACCCGCGCAGCGAGCACAGGCGGCGAGGCUGCGCCCGGCGCCCGAGAUCGGCGGCUGCGGGGGGCGGGGGCUGCGCCGGAGCCCGCUCCGCCGCUCCCGCUCCAAGUGGUCUCUGGGAAAGGGUCGUUGUCCAGCACAGAUGCGUUUGUCGGAGAAAGCAGUGGAGGUUCGAGUCAAGGCGUACAGCCUGGGGCUUCCAAUGAUACUCUGGGCAGAGAUGGAAGCCUAGAUGCCUCACCGCAAGGAGCGGCCGAGCGGGUCCUCACUUCACACCCACGGCAGCACUGGCACCGCGGAGGGAGGAAGCAUGUCCCGGUUGUCUCUCACCCGGUCGCCUGUGUCUCCCCUGGCCGCCCAGGGGAUCCCACUGCCCGCCCAGCUCACUAAGUCCAACGCACCUGUGCACAUAGACGUGGGCGGUCACAUGUACACCAGCAGCCUGGCCACGCUCACCAAGUACCCUGACUCCAGAAUAAGCCGCCUCUUCAACGGCACCGAGCCCAUCGUCCUGGACAGUUUGAAGCAACAUUAUUUCAUCGACCGGGAUGGGGAGAUUUUCCGCUAUGUCCUGAGCUUCCUGAGGACGUCGAAACUGCUGCUCCCGGAUGACUUCAAGGACUUCAGCCUGCUGUACGAGGAGGCGCGGUACUACCAGCUGCAGCCCAUGGUGCGCGAGCUGGAGCGCUGGCAGCAGGAGCAGGAGCAGCGGCGCCGCAGCCGGGCCUGCGACUGCCUGGUGGUGCGCGUCACGCCGGACCUGGGUGAGCGGAUCGCGCUCAGCGGCGAGAAGGCCCUCAUCGAGGAGGUCUUCCCCGAGACCGGGGACGUCAUGUGCAACUCGGUCAACGCCGGCUGGAACCAGGACCCCACGCACGUCAUCCGCUUCCCGCUCAACGGCUACUGCCGGCUCAACUCGGUGCAGGUUCUGGAGAGGCUGUUCCAGAGGGGUUUCAUCGUGGCGGCGUCCUGCGGGGGUGGCGUGGACUCCUCCCAGUUCAGCGAGUAUGUGCUUUGCCGGGAGGAGCGGCGGCCGCAGCCCACCCCGACUGCUGUCCGAAUAAAGCAGGAGCCCCUGGACUAGGCCCUGCCUCAGUGCCCACCUGAGGCCCCUUGGCCCUGGGGACACGCCCCAGGGACCUGGAAACAGUGCUGGGGAGUUCUGCCGAUGCCUGCUUAGCAGUGGGCGUGAGACUGAGGGUGGGGCUGGAGGGUUCAGUGCCUGCCCAGAGAGCCCCAGGGCCCUAGGUGUGUCAUGGCAACAGAACGUGGGAUGCUGGAGGCAUGCCCACUGAAGGACUGUUGAUGUGACCCAAAGAUGCUGAGGUGGGAACUCCGCCACCAGUGGUCCAGGCCCCUCGGCUCCCCAGCUUGGUGCAGCAUCCUUGAGGCUCCACGCCUGCCGAGGCAAGGUCAGCAGAAGACCCCCCCGGCCCACUCCAGAGGAGCCACCCAUCCUUCUGCACGUGCGCAGACUCUACUGGGUCUCCUUGCGUCAGAGAUGGCUUAUUUUUCUACGGUAUUUAAGGCGGAAGUAACUAAGUGCACAAGUCAGAGAGGCUGACAAGGACCAAUGCUUCUUUAUCUGGUGCUCAGCUCAAUUGAACACGCAGCAUGUCUGCAUGGGUGGCAGAGCUGCUGGGCACUUGGGCCCAGGUGCCUGCAGAGCGGGGCUUGGAGACUUCUGGUCCCUGCUCUAGGUGCAGGUGCGGGGAUGGCAGUGCCAUAGGGGCUAAAGCUGGGCCCCCAUGGGGGAUGGGGCCGCAGGGAUUGAGGUGGUGCUGGCAUGGGGGAUGGAUGGCUCUGGAACCGUUUGAGACCCUACUUUUGCUGCCACCUGGGGCACAGGCCACACUUGUGAGUUACCUGACCUACUAAUGCCCAGGGAUCUUAGAUUCCUAUCUGUAUGUACUCACACCUGGGCUCCCAGAGGAGUCUCUCCCCAUCGGGACCAGCCAUGGGGCCACACCGCAUCCUUACCUCAGGAAUGGGUCCCAUGGUGAAGGGGCCCAUCUGUCAGCAUCCUCUGGGUCCCCAGCUCAGGAAGCCGUCCCCAGUUCUGAUUUUCCCACACUCAUAUGCACACUGAAUUUUAAUUAAACUGUUGUUACCCUGACCUGCCAGUAAGACCCAGACACAGUCACACCUUGGGCUCUUGACCUGGAUUCCAACGAGGACUGUCCCAGAGAGGUCCCUGCAGACCUGCUGCCUCCUGGAAGACAGGCCCAAAGAUGGAUACCCCCUGCCUUGCCACACUUCCCCUCUUGAGAUGGCUCUUUCCCUGGGGUGGAGAAACCACAGAGAACUGCUGGGCGGGUGGGGCAAUCUGGCCGGCACUGCCCCAUGUACGAUGCCUGUAGACUUGUAUAUGACUCCUUUAAUAUUGUAAAGAUGCCGAUGUACAAUUGUCGUGUGUUUGUGUAAACACAUCAUGUUCCUAGUUCAUGCCAUAAAUGAUGCUAUAAAGCGAAAGACUGAGGCUCCAUCCUGUGCAGAAGCGGCAGCCAGGUCCCAGCGUUCGGUGCUGUGCAGGGAGGUUUGGGGUGGGAUUCCUCCCUCGGUUCCUUCAGCUCAAAUGAGGAAGAACCUGCAGUGGUAGCUGGGGGAGGGGCAGGGGUGAGGGUCCCGAGCUUGCUGUUAUUUAUUGCCUUUGGGUGUUUCCUUACCUUUGUGACCGUCCCCCUCUGGGCAGCACAGAUUCUGAAUUCUGCUUCACGGCCCCUAACCAGAUGCAGGCUGGGGAAAGGCAGACAGAAGGUGUUCAGGGGCUUUUGAACCCAGUCCUCAAUGUUUGUGACUUUCCCUUUCUCUGGUUUUUGGUGGAGGAUGAGGUCCUCUUUAGAGCCCACGGAGCAGGAGGAGGAGGUCGCAGUCCAGGGCUCAGGCCAGAGAGGGGACCUGUAACCCACCCAAGCCCAGCACAAGACCUCAGUGCGGCUCAUUCCAAGGGAAGGCGUUUGAACGUACUCACGUAGGCCUCCAAUUUUAAUCAGCCUUUUUUGUAUUUUUCUUGAAAGUCCUUAUGCUCUAAUGGGGAUGAUUUCCGGUGCUGGUAAGGGCCACUUCCACCUGCCCAGAGGACCUGAGCAUAGCCACAAGGCCGCAAAGCAGACACCAUCCCAUCAUACUCUCAAAUUUGCUGGACAGACUUGCCAGCCUUCUGUGCUCAGCAACACGCCUACAGCUGGCACACGGGUAUUUUGGCAUCUGAGGUUCACAUCUGAGAGGAGGAGAAAGGGUUGUGUUGAUGAGAAGGGAAGUCUUGUGAAAGCUCAGUGCCUCGUGGGUUUAUGGAUUUUUCUAGUAUGACAGCCAGUGCGGUUGCCGAUUGGUGGAGCCUCCCUAAUGUUUUCAAGCAAACUAUCUUUUUUGAUUCAACCAUUGUGCUUAAGAAAAAAAAAAAAAAAGAGUACCUUACUGAAUGUUACUCUUAAUUAUUUCUUUACUAAUUUAGUAAAAUCAGGAAGUAUGAUUUCUACAUAAACUAGGGAAUUUCUAAAUUUGUAAAGAAAUACCAUGUUCCCAUAGUAAGGCUAAAAUUCUAGGGUAGUCCCCAUAAACAGUACGUACAAACAUUUUUAUACAUCCUGGAAUGAAUAUACUGUAUUGUAAGUAAUCUUUUGAUCAGAUACCAGCAGUAUAAACGUUAUUCUGCUCUUCGUAAGUUAUUCUUGGUUCUAAGCAAGUGGACGGAUAGCUGCACCAACGCUUCUCUCUUUCCCACCAGACCUCUCCCAGCGCGGGAGAGACCUUGGCAAAGCCAAAGCAAAUGGCUUCAGCCACUGUCCUCGCACGGGGCCCAAAACCGGGUCACCACACUAAUAUCUUUUAAAAAGUGUUUUGUUUUUUUUUUUAAAGCUACCACUUGACUGUGUUCCAUAGCAUAAAUAAAGAAUAUUUUAUAAAUUAUA